AUGAAGAAACCAAAAGGGAAAGGGACUCUUGAAUUUACUAUCAAAAUUGAUGAACCAAGAGUGACUAAAAUCAACUCUUUGGUGGAGGAAGAUAGUGUACAAUGCUUCAACGUAAUCAGCAUAGUUGUACUGGAGGGGAUGACUUCCGAAGGGGGAUUGGCGACUGGGCAACUUGGGAUAAGCAAUGGCUGGCAGAAAAAACAAACAGAAAGCACAAGCCAGUCCAUCCCAAUCAUCCCAGUCGUUCAGAAUCCUCCCGAUUUCCAUGAACCUAGUCAAAAAAGAAUGCGCCCAGGAUGGUUGACUUGGGAAGUUUUUCUUAGGGAUUCUAAUUUAAAAUCUAUCAUUGCUUUUUCUAACUCUAGAUCUCGUUCUAGAGUAGAGGAGGAAGCUGCAAAGGAAUGCCUAGCAGGAUUGUGUCUCUGGGAUUGA